CCCGAGUUUGACCCUUCUUUUCGAGAUACGGCAUCAACUUGCUAUUUCCACCAUAUUAUCGAUGUCACUGCCGCUACGCUCCGCGUCGAAGUGCUUGGUCCAAAUCUCACAUACACCUUUCGACAUGAACGCGCAAAGGAGCUGCGUUUAUCCGCCUCCACCAUCUCUAAACGUCUGGAGUCAAAAGUGGUGGGGUUCCUCGCCCUUCGGACUGGCAGGGACCAGAAACGAGUGGUCUUGGCCUGGGCACAGAGCGGACAUGGAGUUGGCCUCAGAGGCGACUUGCUCGACCCCGAACCGAGUGUGCUUCCUAAUGACGUGUGGACGAAGAGGGCGGUCAACAUGGGCCGCGCUCUCUCUCUACAGAUGAGCCGGCCCUACGACGGGAUAGUCUUUCAGACCACUGGCGUGAAGAUGGAGGGCGUAUUUCAGGGCAGCCACGUGGAGGUCAAACUCGCAGUCCACGCCAUUUGCAUCUUGUUGAGUAGCUUUGGCAUCACGCAAGACUUGGAUCAUGUCACGCCUGAGCAUCUGAAAGCGCUACGGCAGGCGGCUUGGGCCGACGGCUCGAAGCCUGCAUUCGAAAUCUACUUUUCGCGCAAAAACUGCCAUUUCUGCGGGAAAUUCGUCAGGAGGCUGCAGAGUGCCACGGGAAUCACUCUGAAACUCGUAUGGAGAGACCGACUUGUUAAAAAGGUGUACGAAAAUAGGCGGAUGGGCGAGGGCCGUGCGAAUCGUCCACAGCCGCAGGAUGCGAUCCAAAUCGAUACCGACACGGUUAUGACGGAUGAUGUACAUGUUAUUGAGACUGUCGAUCUCUCUGAGCCAAACAGACGCGCUGAAGGGGACACUUAUAUCGAAGGCCUGGCAUAUUGUGUCGGCCAAAUCGACGAGUGCCCUGCAAGCGCCCGAGAUGCCAUCCUGACGCUUGCCUCUCAACAGCAGCAACGCAGAGCUGCGAAUCUGGAAAACAUCAACAAGCCUCUCCCUGCUACGCCCCAAAUUGCGCCUCCAGGAUACGCU